GAAACACAGCAGCGGGGAUCUACACAGUCGUCUUAAAACUCGGAAACUUCUAGGUGUUGGGGAGACAGAUGAUGGAGAUGUUCACAGAUCUAAGCUGAGUCAGAUAUUAGGCCACAGUGAACAAUUAUACGUUAAAUUACCAAAGGGACUAAGAAUAUGGCAGUUGGUAACAGGUCUCAUGUUUGCCUUUGUUGCCUUAUGGGCUCUCAUAUUUCCCUGCAGCCUAUUUGAUCUGUCACUAGAAUCCGCCACAACUGGUAUAACUUUACCUAUAAGGCUCUAUGGUGCAACAUUACUAAGUUUAUCUGUUAUAUUCUGGAGUACUUUACAUUCAAAUGAUAAAGAUGUCAUACGGUGGUCAUUGCUGGCAAGUGCCAUCUAUUUUACAGUGCAGACUCUGGUAUGCCCGUUUUACAGCGGUCUAUUUAAUGGUACAGCGCUCAUCUGUGAGGUUGUUCGGCUAAGUUGCUUAUGUGUUACGUUGUAUUUCUAUACAUCCAUGGAGGGAGGUUUUUUGCCCAUACUAUCUUCAAAAAUGCAUCCCCAUCGAUCGUAGGAUUUUCAAAAAAGUGAGUAUAUGGGGUCUGUUGGUAGUCGGUAGCAAUGGCUAUACUUCCUGGAAAUGGUUGUUCCUCCGUCUUAUUUUUGCCAGCAUCAGUUUUACUUAUUACUUCAUGCUUGGAGAUAACCUACACAGGCACAUCCACAAGGUCAAUAUGACCUCACCGUCUAUAAACCAGGACACAUCACACACCAAUGAGGAAAAGACUACGCCAGAGAAAAAAGUGCAAUGAGAACAUGUGGCAAUGUUAUGUAAGACAUGUCAAUAUGAGAAGUAAAACAAAAUCUUUAUACUUACGUCAGACGUAUAUGAAGAUGCUGUACGCAAAAUAUACAUUUAUGUGGAUGAAAUAGAAGCUAUAUUAUCAAUAAUGGAUGUAAAAGUCAUAAAAAUGACAAAAAAUGGAUGUUCAUAGACUGGUUACCGAAUUACAACAUGAAACAGUGUGAGAAAAAUGUAUGAUAAAAAUGAUCACAAAGAAUAAAAUUCUCAGAGAACUGAAUAACUAAUAUGAUGUUAAGACUUCAUCACUCCUCCAGUUUUCCACAUACAAGUUGUAAUAAUGGAUUCUGCAAGGAAGAAACUCCAAUUCCACAUGAAUUUUGCAGGAUUUCUCUACAGGCUUAGGUGAAAAUGAGGCAAAUAUGGCA